AAAAGGUUGAAAAUAUUGUGACGCUGAAAGUGCUGUGAUAAGAUUUCUUAUCGAAAACAAUAAUACAGAAGUUUUUGAUGUUCUUUUGAAAUGAGAAUAGGAUGGAUUCACAAGGUUGUAGAAAAAUGGCCUGGCAAGAAAGCAUUAGGAAUGUAUAGAUUCUUGCCUAUGUUCUUCGUUGUUGGAGCGGCGUUGGAAUUCUCUAUGAUCAACUGGCAAGUUGGUCAGAUAAAUUUUUAUAAUACUUUUAAGAAGAGGCAAGCUAAGAACAUAGUUGAGGAGAAACUUCAGAAGUAUUCUACUGUUUGA